GAAAGUUUUAGAAACACUCAGCAAAAACAAACAGACCUAGAACAGACGAGAAAAGCGCCGUUUUCCCUUUGCGUAAGAAAGUGCCAAGACGGUUCCAGACAUGGAUAGGUCUGUCCGGUUUGCCGUGGUGUGCGUCGGAGUGUCUCUGCUCAUCUCUUGCCAUCCAGUCGAAGCCUGGUACAAGCAGUCGACCGGGCCCAGUUACUACUCGGUGGGUCGCGCCUCCGGUUUGCUGUCCGGUAUCAGGAGGUCACCGUACGUCCGGAGAGCCGAGUCCGAAGAGACGCUGCCGGACAGCGGGGAGACAGCAGGUAACAACGUGAUCACAGAGACGAACAGGCAGAUCUCCAUCCUAAAAAGCAUGUUUGAAUUCCCUCUUCUGCAGGCCAUCUGCGUGAAGGACAUCUCUCCAAACCUGAAGAGCUGCGAGCUGCUGCGGGACGGGACGGGCACCUUCCAGUGCAAAGCAGACGUCUUCCUCACCCUGGACUCCCUGGACUGUCUGUCCGCCUGAAUCCCGGUUGGACCCCGCAGGAGACUGUGAUCAUCUUCCACCGAAUCCCCGAAGCGCAAAUCUGUAAGGAAAAAAAAAAUGAGGGAUGGAUGAGUGUAGAGGGGUUUGGAGGGUGAUGGUGCAGAAGAAAACCUGAUAAUUGUUGAUAAUGGACCGCUGCAGACUCUGAAUGUUCUCUUAUUGAAAAAAAGAAAAACAAACAUUGUUCACUUUUGCUUUGGCUGCAUAAACAGGACUGUAAAAGAUAAAACAAGAAAAAAAGUCAGUGUGAGAGAUGUUAGAUGAAGCCAUUUUCUUUCCAGAUGACUUUUAAUCUUUACUGUUUCACCCCCUGAUAUGUACCUGCGUUGCCACGAUGUAUUAAAUGUCCGGAAAGUUGACUGCCGAGCAGAUUUCCUGGAAAGUACUUUUAUUUAUUUUAUCUAUUAAAAUCAACAAACACUGGUUA